AUGUGUCAACAACACUACGAAGCCGUCGACCCUCUCCCCAAGGCUCUGCCGGAGCAAGAUGAAGAGCUACUGGAGCCGAUGACGGACAUGCCAGAUAAGCCUUUGCCAGUCGGCAUAAAGGAUGAAAUAACACACUGGCAGGCACCCUCAGUGAAGGCAUCUGCGAGGCUCGCGGAUCACAACUUGAUGUACUACUGUUUCAUCAAAGCGCUUCAGCAGCCCCUGGCGUAUUGGAAAGAUGUCGUCGGCACAGCAGAUCAAUUCCAAGGUCCUGAGUUCAGUACGAUUGUCGUGCACUAUCGGCGUGGUUUCGAGCGAUCGAGCGCGCAUCCCACCGUGACGGGCUUGAAACGGACGUUGGACGACUUGGAAUCGACUGAUCUGGAGAGGACCGGUCCUUCGAAACGACUUAGGGGCAGGACGAGUGACUCGGAAGAGGAGGAGUGGGAGGAAGAGGAGCGGGAGGAAGAGGAGUAUGAUGAGGCGUACGAUGAAGUCGGAGAGUGA